AGCGAAAGUCAUGGCUCUGACACCUGGCGACUCUAUAGCAGUUAAAAUAACCGCUUUUUUCAUGAAGUGUUCCGGGUUCUGGUCAGAGAAUACAGUGCGUGGCCAACGCAUUAUGAACAAUAUUACAACUUAUUCUAUAUGUUCUUUGGUGUUUGCCUUUAUUGUUACCACUAAUGAUUUGUAUCAUUGUCUAGGAGAUUUCGGGAAAAGCGCCUACUGUGCACUAAAUGUUUCGAUCGUUGGAAUGGCCCUCUACAAACAGAUAAUUUUCACAACUCAACGGAGACUGUUUUUGCACAUCAUUAGCUAUGCAAAAGAACAUUUUUGGUUUCGCUCGUAUGAUGAUUACGGAGUUAGAGUAAUGAAGCAAUGUGCCACCAAGAGCGGAGUAAUUAUAAUAGCGAGUGUUCUUUUGUGUCAUGCAACUCUCGUUUUUUAUUACAUAAAGCCACUGAUCGUAAAUCAAGGCAGAAACGAAAGUGACAGAGUUCUUCCCUUCAAAAUUUGGCUCAACUUGCCAGUGACAAUGACACCCUGGUAUGAAAUUUUAUACGCUGUAGAGGUGAUCUCAGCGUAUCAUUGUUGCAUUUGCUACUUCUGCUUUGAUAACUUUCUGUGUCAAAUCAACAUAACUCUGGUCGGUCAAUUCAUGAUUCUCCAGGAAGACCUACGGAGUAUCUACUCGUCGAUGGAUGCCAAUUGUGUCUAUCUGCGAUUCAAAAAGUGUGUUAUCAAACACCAGGAUCUCAUAAAUUUUAUAGAGCUCCUUAAAGAAUUGUACAAAAAUACAAUCCUUGGGAUGGUUCUUGUAUUGAGUAUUUUGAUCUGUUUAGAAUUAUUUCAACUGAUGACCACCUCUGGCGAAUUGUUCACGGAAAUCCACUCCUUUGUGAACGUUUGUAGUGGAAUUGUUCAACUAUUUCUUUUCAUGCUGACGUGCAAUGAUCUGGCUGAAGCCAGCGUGGAACUGUCAGAUGCAGCGUACGACGUUAAAUGGUUUUUUCUGCGCUCCGGACUCUGGAAGAGGCAAUUAGUGAAUGAUCUUGCCACUGUAAUCAGACGCUCGCAAAAACCGUGCAAUUUAGCAGUGGGUGGAUUUUCAUCAGUUUCAUUACAGACAUUUACAUCGAUUUGUAAUACAUCAUUCUCUUAUUUAGCAUUAAUGAGACAGACCAUACGUGACGGAUAAACAACCACUCAGUAACAAUUGUACUCUAUGAUGGCACAAUAAAUUUUAGGAACUACAUUGGAUCAUCAAGUGAUUUUUAGU